AUGGAGCGCAAACCUCAGAAGAGUUCAGGCAAACAAUUUACAUUCUAUUAUGAAAAUGAAGUCUGCAAACAAGAUUACUUUAUUAAAUCACCACCUCCUCAGCUUUUCUUCUCUGCAACCUCUUGGAAAAAGCGGUUUUUCAUUCUGUCAAAGACUGGGGAAAAGGACUUUAGUCUUUCGUAUUACAAAGACCAUCAUCAUCGAGGUUCUAUUGAAAUUGACCAAAAUUCCAGUGUAGAAGUUGGCAUCAGGAGCCAUGAAAAAAUGCAGUCUGUACAGAAGAUGUUUAAAUGUCAGCCUGAUGAAGUGAUGUCCAUCAAGACCACUAACAGAGAAUAUUUCCUCAUUGGCUAUGACAGGGAGAAGAUUAAAGACUGGGUCUCCUUCUUGUCAUCACUAUGCCGGCAUGUGAAAGCAGCGCACCAGAAUACGGAGGAGAAACUCUCAUCAGGUGAUAAAAGGCCCUCUUCAGACCCUCUCCUUGGACUUUUCCACAAGUCAGAGGCUGUCAGCACCACCAUGCCAAGAAACAGUCUUCCAGACAUGCGUUUAGUGAAAGAACAUCCUCCAGGACUCAGAGAAGCUCGUCUAUCGCAUGACUUCUCAUCAGAAAUCUCUCAAGAUUCAGAAGAAGAGAGCCAUUAUAUUAGUCCUCGGAGUAUUCUUUUAGAGCUGGAUAAUAUUAUUGCUGCCAAUGAUUCUGGGGAACUCACUGUCCCCAUUGGACCUCGUGGUCCAGACCAGGUCUCCAAGACAGCUGAGCGUCGUUACGUGUCAAUGAAAUCCUGUCUUCUCAAAGAGCUGUCCCUGGAGUCUGUUGAUGGCAAAGAGGAAUUUCAGCCCCUGGCAGAGAUCCAGAAUGGGGAGCUUCAUCAGCAAGAACAAGCCUUGGGAACUCACUUCUAUCUUCCACCUGCCAAUUCCGAAGCACGGACCACGAUUGACACAAAGCAGUCGGCCUCACUAACUGUUGUGCAACUGUCUAUAUUAAUCAAUAAUAUCAUGGAUGAAAGCCAAGUGCAGAAACUGAACGUGUUCCUUUCUCCUCCUGACAUCAAAAAUUAUCUUGUUCUCAAAGAAGCUGCAGGACAGAUAUGUGUGGCUCAGUGGGAUGCGCCCCCGCAUCUGGGAUGCUUGUUUUUUCAUGGAGAUCACCUUUUGGCCGUGAAUGACCUGACGCCCCAAAGCCUAGAGGAGGUCUCCUUGUUUCUCAGCCGGUCCAUCCAGAGGGAGAAAGUAAAACUCACCAUCGGUCGUAUCCCAAAUUCAGAGAAAUUUCACACAAGAGCCUGUACAUGCUCCUUAGAAGACCAAGGUGUUAAACCUUCUCAACUGGUUACAUCCUCACUGGAGAGGACACUGAAAAGGACUCCAGCCAUUAAAAAGGGUCAGCAGGAAAGAUCUGGAGAGUAAUGUGCUGGGGCCCACCUCCAUCAAGCCAGGACAGGCUUUGGACUUUGUGCUGGUCUCUGCCCCUCACCACUGUGUGACACCAGGCAGUCAGCACACCUCUGAAUUUUUCCAUCUGCAUCUUAACAAUGGAAAUAACCCUCCCCUCUCUGGCUUUUGCAUCAGGGAUGCUGAGAGGUCCAAAUGGAAUAAUGUCUAUGGAACCCAGUGA